CUCACAUAGAAGAAGAAAAUCGAGAAGUCAUGGCGGCUGACAGUUUGUAAUGAGCCAACGAAAACAGAGUAGAUUCUUUCAAGUUAGACUAACAACGUUUAAAACAUAUCAGGGAGUAAACACACUGCUGACAAAAUGCAGAUAACGUUGAAAACCUUACAGCAGCAGACGUUCAAAAUCGACAUCGAUGAACAGGAGACGGUGAAGACGUUGAAGGAGAGGAUUGAACAGGAGAAAGGAAAGGACAAUUUUUCAGUUGGUUGGCUCAAACUGAUAUAUGCUGGUAAAAUCCUCAGUGAUGACGUGGCCCUCAAAGAAUACAAAAUGAACGAGAAGAACUUUGUCGUCGUCAUGGUGUCAAAGCCUAAAACAGCCACCGCACAGUCGUCGCCUGCCUCGUCGGCUGCCAGCAGCACAGCCCCCGCCGCCCCUCCCGCCUCAUCGACCAGCGGAGACAACACGACAGAGAGUUCCUCCACAGACGACAAACCGGAGGAGAUGCGCUCAUCGACUGCUGAAACCGCUUCCACUCUUGUCGGAAGCUCUGAGGCUUCAGCAAACACAAAUCUUAUCAAUGAGGCCGUUUCAAAUCUGGUGACCGGCCCUUCAUAUGACGCCAUGGUGAAUGAGAUGAUGCUCAUGGGCUACGAGAGGGAGCAGGUGGUAGCCGCCCUGCGAGCUAGCUUCAACAACCCUGACAGAGCUGUGGAGUACCUUCUCACAGGUAUCCCAGGCAGAGAUCAGGGCCCUUCAUCAGGACCUGACGCAGCCGCCCCUCCAUUGACUGGAGCUCCUGCAAUCGCCACAGCUGGCAUUAGCGUUCCUGCUAACACUGACUCUGGGGGUGCUGGGGGAGGCAACCCGUUGAGCUUCUUAAGAAAUCAGCCUCAGUUCCAAGUGAUGCGACAGCUGAUCCAGCAAAACGCCGCCCUGCUGCCGGCCCUGCUGCAGGAGAUUGGCAGAGAAAACCCUGAGCUGCUGCAGGAGAUAAGAAACCACCAAGAGCAGUUCAUCCAGAUGCUGAAUGAACCCAAUCCAGAGGCAGUCCCGCCGGGUGGUGGGGGCGGAGCCGGAGGAGCAGGGGGAGCCGGAGGGCUGGCAGGUGACACACCUGGCGGCAGUCACAUGAGCUAUAUCCAGGUCACGCCGCAGGAGAAAGAGGCCAUAGAGAGGCUAAAAGCCUUGGGGUUUCCAGAGGGACUUGUUAUACAAGCCUACUUUGCAUGUGAGAAGAACGAGAACUUGGCCGCCAACUUCCUUUUACAACAGAACUUCGACGAUGAUUAAAGGAGCCAUCUUUGUUUUGACUUUUUUUUUUUCUGUAUUUCUUCCUCUACUUUUUGAUUGCUGGCAUUCAUUACAUGUCCAUAACGAGCCUUUUACAUUACCAAAAACACGUUUUGUUGAUUACUUCCACAUUCACAUUUCUUAAUAAUACUGGACCACAAUCAGCUGGUGUACAAGGACAGGCUGUUGUUUGUAAUCAGUUCAAACAGAGGACCGAUUAAAGUACAAAGACUUUGAAUCAGAAA